AUGGCCCAGGUGGUGCAGCAGGGAGAGACCGCUCUCCGAGAGGGAGGAGCCGUGACUCGAGUGGGAGAGCUAGCUGCGCACCAGACGCAGUACUUCAGUUUGGGAACGCCACCACAACAGCCUCCUACGCCAACUGACCUGGCAGUGCUUGGUGUCCAGAACGCCAGCCAGACAAGUGCCAGUGCAGCUGCGACCGCCAACGCCACUGUGACGACAGGCGCUGCGGAGAGUUCGGGGAGCGCUGCAGCUGCCAAGGCUGCGCCGAAGGCGCCGAGCAACCAGCCCACUACGAAGGGCGACGUUGGGAAGGGAACAGAGAAGGGCGUCAGAACGUUCCUUGAGGGAGCAUACUUUGCGAUGCCCAUGGUCGCACCUUCCUUCGUUGAGUCGGGAGAGAAGAUCUAUUGGCUUCUCGACUCUGGGAGCUCGUACCAUGUGGUUUCCCAGGCGACGCUUGAGAGUGGACACGUCAAGGUUUUGUCGAGAAAGAAGCGACCGAAGACUGUGUGCCAGACUGCCACUGGCGACCUGGUGGAAGUGGGAAGCGACACCCACGCGACGAUCGAGGUGAAUUUUCUCACCACUCGACACUUUGAGCAGCGAGGAGGAGUUCUGAGCACUUUUGCGUGCACCUGUCGUCUAGAAGCGGUAGUUAGCAGCGAAAUCAAACACAACCUGAUAAACCUCAACCUCCUCUGUUGGAGAGGCUGGAAGCCUACCCUUUAUCGGGGUCUCUUAACAGCGGAACGUAAGGAGGUGACGCUGCUUCCAGCAGUGUUCGGCGACUGCACAUGGCUUCAGAGUGUGAUGGCUGAUUCUUCCGCGAAGCUCACGCUUGCGAGUGUCUCGUCGUCUUCCGGUCUGUCGAGUGGUAGGUCUCUUGAGUUUUCCUCACCUGAGAAACAGCAUGAGCAUGAGUUUUCGCACGAUGAGCAUGACUUUUCACAGCAUGGGCAUGAUUUUUCACGACAACAGCAUGAAACAACGCAUGUUGAACCGAGUGUUUUGCCACAUGCUUGCGAGGACUCUGUUGGGCAGUUGGUAGGCCAGUCGUCUUGCGUCAGCUCAGGAGUGCAGUUGGUAGGUCAGUCGUCUUGCGGCAGCUCAGGAGUGCAGUUGGUAGGUCAAUCGUCUUGCGGCAGCUCAGGAGUGCAGUUGGUAGGUCAAUCGUCUUGCGGCAGCCCUGGAGUGCAGUUGGUAGGUCAGUUGCCUGCUAGAGUGGUAAAGCUUUUGCAAUCGAGUGCCGUGGAUCCAUCUUCUUCACCUUUGCGCUCGGGGACCACAUCUUCCGAUCGAGGCCAGUGGGUGCAGCCAGGUUUUAGUGACUCUUCAGUGCCGUUGCAGCCAUGCGAAGAAGGGCUGGACAGGCCGGGCGGAAGCAAUGGAGAUAUCCUCCGACGAGGAGGUAGGACCCCUCCUUAUAUUGCCCCAGAGGGGAAGUGGUCAAGCCCUCAGGCCCUGAGCCACAACAACCGCAACUACUGCGAGUACUGCAUGGUCUGCGGGAAACACGCGACGGAGGCUCAUUUAAUGUCCGACAGCCACAAUCACCACAUGAAGUCGUGGAUCGCCAGGAACCGCCCUGGUUUGAGGCUUCUACCGGACAGGCUUUCCGAUCCCGAAAGGAUCGAUAUGAUGAUCCAGCUUCGUAUGCCGGACUUGGCCGAGCCCGAGAUCAAGAAGGCGAGGGAGCUAGUUCUCCGACUGGCUUGGUUCAGCGACCAACCGGCGAAGGCGGGUGCCUCAACUUUGCCGCCAGAGGACAACUCGGAAGCCACAGCCAAAUCCAGCAAUGCACUUCCGGGAAUCUGGGCGGAACCAUCAGAGCCUCCGCGAGCAGUGGAACGCCGUGUACUUCCAACAGAGCCAGAGACACGACGGGUGAAGGCCAGGGGGCGGCCUUGGCCAGACACUCUGGGGGUCCAGCAGCGCUCGACCCAACAACUGGAGGGAGCGCGGGCAUUGACUCCACUGAGCGAGGGAGUGGCAGCUCAGGCCGUGUUCACCUCACCUGUCAAGACACCACCGUCUACGGACUCGGAGAACUGGGGUGGCUGGAAGCCAGCUCAGGCUGGCCGCGGGGAUCUGCAGCCAAAGACACCACCCAAGUCGGUGGAUCCGAAGGGGCUUGGGUCUAUGAUGCCCAAGACGCCGCCCAAGACGGCGCCAUUGGAGGCACCUGCGGAGGAGGACACCGAGAUGGCCGAGGACACAGGGAUGGAGCAAGAAGCGCCAUCGCCACCCAAUGUGUCGCCGAGUGUGCCGCCUCCGGCACCUCCGCCGCCACCGCUACCCACAUCCGGGUGCAGUGCUGAGUUCGCCCAGCGGCGAGAGCUUACACACGAGGAUGAGGCUCGGGAUCUGUACGGAGGCAGAAGCAGACUCCUGGAGGAUUGCAGCGGAGAUGGCCACAGAAUCUCGGCGAGUGCGUCCGCGCACCGCAUUGCCGAUCCCGCCUCCUGCUCCUACCGUGAGCCGGCCUACUUCAAGCCCAACGGGGAGUGUUCUGGGGCCACCACUGGCACCACCGCCGGCACCUCCAUCGGGAAUGUGGGUUAUCAACCCGCCGCCACUUCCGCCAAGGAGAUCUUCUCGCAGCCCGACCCCGUAAUCGUCUCACAGCUUUCGAAGCCCGACGCCAUGAAUAAUGGCCUUUUUGCUUUGCCAGCGCACCAGCAUGCAUGGAAACAUUCUAGAGUGCACGCUUCGUGUGAGUUCUGCGGUCAGCCAUGCUCAGUUUUCAGUUCCGCUGCUGUUGUUGCCCCGUUGCAGGAAGAGGACCCCCUCAACCAGAAGAAUCACAACAAGGAGCCCAAUACGCAACCAGAGGGUCCGGCCGGUUUGGGUUUAGCAGCAGGGCAGGGAGAGCUGAUCAUAUCGCAAGAUCCGGAGACACGCCGUGAGCUGCACAAGCGCCUGUCACAUGUCUCUCAGGGUCACGUGCCAUACUGGGCGAGCUGUGAAGCUUGCAACAGAAGCCGAGGGCUGACGCCAGCCCGCGUGCGAAGUGACAGACCCGAUAAAGAGUAUCAGGUAGAUCAGUUCAUGUAUCGCUCAAGGUGCUUUAUUAUCCUAGUGCAUGUGCUUGCUUUUGCGAUUGGAGUGACGUUCCGACCAGAAGGGAUGAGUGGACGCGAAUCAGCCGGGCAUCUCGAGCCGUGGCUAGCUCAUUUUGGAUUAGGCCAGAGCGCUGCUCCUAAGCCCUCCUUCUACUCAGAUCCGGAACCGCUGACCAUCAGCAUUGCACAGGCCCUAGCGGAACGGUAUGAGGGACACAGUGAAAGUUUUGCUCCGGAGCGCCAAGCUCCCGUUGCUGAACGAGCAGUGCGAACCUUGAAAGGGAUUGUGUCUUCUCACGAAUUACAACUCCGUGAAAAUGGUGUUGUCCUCGGAGAUGAUCCGGGUACUUUAGAGUUUCUUUUUAGAUACGCGGCACACGUGCACAAUCGAUUUGCAGUGUCGGUCGGGAACACCAUGUCCCCUUUGCAGAAGCUGCGGGGCCACGACCACAAGCCCCAGUUGACCUAUCCCUUCGGGGCUGUCGUUUUCGCAAAGGUCAGCCGUUCUAGCAAAGAGGAGGUUGAUACCAAGUAUGCCCGCGGGGUGUACCUGGGUCCUGUGCUUGGUUCUACCGGGCACCAGGUGCGUAUCCGGCUGGAUUCUGGAGAAACCAAGUUGAUUGUUGCGCCGGGUCUGAAGUUGCUCUACCCUCUUCGAUACGAUGCUUCGUUGCUUGACGGUGCCAGGCCUCUGGAAGGCUUUGUGCCACCUUUGGAUGAGGAGCGCUUUCGCGAGCUCCACCUUCCCUACGUGCCGGGAGGGGGACCCUCCAAAGAACGGAUCCGCGAGCACGGUGGCACCCCUAAGUGCCCCGGAUGCUCCGAAGAGGCCACGUCCUCUCGCCAUUCAAUAAAGUGCGUCCGGCGCUACCAGCGGUGGCUCCGAGAUGCUGUGGACAACGCUCUUGAAGAGCUUGGUCGGGACCCUCCGCCCGCUCAAGGCCCACCGGCCAAGCGGGUUCGAUUCGGUGAUUCGGAAGUUCGUGAGUUUCCGGCGCCCUCGGCGCCCUCAGAGCAAGAAGUAGAAGUACCAAAGAUCAGUGCGGAGGCCAACGACCAUCUUAGUGACUACGAGCCCUCGUUGCCCUCCGAGGACGAGGGAGAAGAUGAUCUGAUGGGUGUCGCCGAGGCACCGAAGGAUGAUCGCCCCGCGAUUCGGUUAUUGGAGGAAAUGUGGGCUUGCGGCUGCGUCCGCUACGUUCCUACUCCCUUGACCGCGUGUGAUGUGUAUGAUUUGCAAGCGUUUUGCUCGUUGCUUGUCGACGGCCGCUCCUCUUGCGAUAAGUUGCCCUACUCUUGCAUUGCGUUGCUUGAGCAUGAGCGUAAAGAGGGCACAUAUAUGCCCAUUGGGGAUCGCUGGGUUUGGGUCUCUAGGCCUCGGAGUUCCUACGACGACGUCGAUGGAAUUCAGCUAGACAACAAAGAGAGCUGGGAAGGAAUGAAGACUGAGGUCAAGGCCGUCGACUCUUUGCAAGUCGGCCUCCUUCGUUCCAGGUCUGAAGUUGAUCGCUACCAGGAAGAGAACCCAGAGUGCCGCCCCACGCUCUUUAGUGGAUGGGUUCAGCUCGGAAAGAAGUGGACGUAUAUCAUCGCCCUAGCUUAUGUGGAUGAUUUAUUGAUCGUCUCCGACAGCCAAGAGGGGGUUGAGUUUAUCCACAAGUCCCUGAGUGCGGUUCUAAAGGUAAAGGUCACCGGAAGGCUCCAUGAAGAUGGCCAACUUGAGUUUUUAGGACGGCUUAUCAAGCUAGAUGGGAACAACAUCACCCUUGGAGUGAAACCUGAGUACGUGCGUUCAGUCUUCUCUGCCUUUGGGUGGACCGAGAAGGACCUGGCUAAGGUCAAACCUGUGGCCACAACCCCCGACAUUAGGGCUUUAUAUGAUGCUGAGGACCCUGAAUCCCCAUCGCCCUCUUUGUCUCCAGAAGCCGCGGGUAGGUUCAGGUCCUGCCUUGGGAAGAUUGGUUGGUUGACCCAGACGCGCACUGACAUCACAUAUUUCCACUCUAUGAUUUCGAGAGGGCAAGCUGCACCAAGGAUGGUGCACGAGGAUGCGCUAAGGAAAUUUCUUCGGUGGUUGGUCGGUUGUCCGUUGCUUGAUCAGGUCUUUCCCGCCGGGAGCGGGGAAACUUUGGAAGAAGAGGGUGCCACUUUGGUGGCGUUCUGUGAUAGCAACUGGGGCAGUGAAAGUAGCACCGGGAGGAAGAGUACUAGCGGUGGGGUUAUCUACGUAGUGGCCGGUUCCCUGUGGUAUUGCGUAAAGGGCUACAGUAGGCUACAAACCGUAGUUGCCUUAUCCUCUGCCGAAGCCGAACUCUUUGCCAUUGCCGAGGCCGCUAAGGAAAUUGCCGGUUUAGGUCAGCUGGCUUCUCACAUUUGGGGCGAGAUCGCCAAGCCCCUCGCUAUCUACACCGACAGCGCAUCUGCUCGCCAGAUUGCCGGGAUGGAGGGGUUCCUUCGGAGGAUGCGACAUGUAGACAUCAGACUUUGUUUUAUUCAGGAUAGGGUGCAUCAGAACGAGUUAGUGAUUAACGGGGUUGCCGGAGAAGAGAACGUCAGUGAUCUCCUCACCAAGAACCUCAACAGGCCCCAGACCUUGAAACACACAACGACCUUAGGAUUGGAAGACGUCCACCAGGUUGACCUUUGUGCUGUGCCGGUGGUUCGCUCGUGUGUGUUCCUUACAGGGCUGUUGAAUUCGAUCUUUGACAACACAGAACUUGAGUGGGAAAGGUUCUUGGGCCUCUGUGAGCUCCCAACCUCGUACGGAACCCUGUUCAUUGAGUUUUGUACCGAUCCGCAAUCUAGCUUUGUGACCACGGGGUGUGACUACUCUGUCUUUGUUCUGCCGGUGACUGUGGAAGUAGAUGGGACUUCACCUGAGACCGUGGAGCGGCUCAUGUCAGCCAUGGAUGUUGCCAGGAGCUGGGGAAUGAAGGUUGUUCUUUGGAGCAGCACGCCUUGUACCGGGGGUAGCCCUUGGCAAAGAAAGCACUUGCACCACAACCCCUAA